AGAUAGAUGUCUUUACUCUAGUGCGUGAUUACAAAGAGAACGAUGUCGAACAUUCAGCUAUUAGCUACGAUGUACUGCAUUUUCCUUUCCUUCAUUGCCGUGUUUGCCACGCUGGAGCAUCAGUGGGUGACAUGGGAGUCUGGUAUUGGAGAACUGCAGCCUUCGCUAGAUGAGCUCCCAGUAUUGCAUACUGCUUUUGUGCAAACUGGCGAGGAGCUUCAUUACUUCAGUGAAUCCGGACGGUUUGAAACAGAAAUGUUAGUAGGACACAGAGUACAGUCCGACGCAGCUAGCACAGGAACGAAGGCGAAGGAGAAGAAGUACAAUGUGAGGCGUAUGGCGGGAGACGACUCGCUCCCAGUAGAGUUCGAUCCUCCUUUUGUUGAUUUCGGUGAAAGCGCCGUGGGACAAACUUCCAAGCGACGAAUAUUCGUUAGAAAUCGACUUCAUAAAGCUGUUGUGCUGGAUUCCAUCAUCGGCGCUACUGUCAAUUUCCACACUUCCUUUUUCAACACCGUUGAAAUUUCUCCACUGGGAACAGCAUUUUUCGAAGUUGCGUUUCUCCCGCGGGAUGAAGGAAAAGCCAGUGUUGCCAUAAACAUCCAUACCUCUGUUGGUAUCUUUGUUUAUCAUGUUUCUGGAAGAGCUACGUCAAAUCCCUACCGCUUAACUCCAUUUGUUGGCACUCGGUUGCCUUUCAAUGGUACCGCAUACAAAGAUAUUGUCAUACACAAUCCAUUCAGCAGCACAUUGAGAAUCAAAGAAGUAGUUUCGUCCGGAGGUAACAUUCAUGUAGAGAUGGCAUACGAUAUAGAUGGAAAGAUUGCUGCUGAACCUCCGCAAUACUGGGAUAUACGGCCAUUUCAAACGAGGACUGUCUGUCGCGCCGUAAUUUUUGGGCAUAUCAUGGAAAAUAGUACAAAUUUUGUGCGAGUUGCAGGCACUCUUCGUGAUGAGAAUGGGAAUGAUGGAGCGCAACAUUCUAUCGUGUUACCUUUUCCGUUGGAAAUAAGUAGAAGGCGUGGGGUUUUCACCACAAAAGACAUAUUAGACUUUGGCCUUUUGAGGCAAGGGGAGAGGUCUCAACCUCAAAUGUUCUCUGUGUAUCAGUAUAUGCUGAACGGGAAGCUUGAGUUUGAGACAUUGUAUGUGGAUAGAGGUGAUCCCACAGGAAUAUACAUGGAGUUUGCUUCAACUCCUCCCAUUGCUGUAAUGCCAGGGAAAAAUGGGCAACCAGGUAAACCAUCAGACUUAGUGAAGGUGUUUUUUGACGCUUCACGGAUUACGUUUGAGACGCAGCGGCCAAGUGCUCGUCUUUUUCACGGCAGAAUAAUCGCUUUGAGUCGAGGAGGGAACUAUAACGUUACCAUCCCUUUCCGAGUAACUGUUUACCAAGGAGAUAUGCAUUCCGUUGGAAACGAUCUAGCACUCCAAGAUGACUUGAGGGCCCCGCAUAAACGUAGUGUUCGUCUCAGAAACGGACUACCAUUCCCCGUAGCUGUGUGGAACAUUUCAAUGUCAUCCGAUGCAAGACAGUACUUCACGGUGCGUCUUUUUGAGAAAACAACAGUGAUUGGGAUAGAUGAGGAGCAACCAGUGUUCUUGCUGAAGUAUAACAAGCGAGUUCCCGACACAUUUGGCCAGGCUGUUGUUUACGUACACACCAAUAUAUCAACUUAUCGAGUCAACCUUUGGAGGUAUUCUGGAAAAGUCCAGGUUGAGCUGUUUUCCGUUGAUCAAGAGUCGUUUGAUUUUGGUCUAUUGGAACGGAACGACACGAGAACGAUCAGAUUUGUGAUUCGCAAUAAAAACCAUGCGCUGAUGACAGUCAGGGGGUUGGCAGUUCCGCUACCAUCUGUACAUAGGCUUUACCUUGUUUCUAUGCUUGAGAAGAAUGCAGCGGGGACUUGGAUACCAAAUGAGAGUCGCGAAGAAUGGCCACAGGGUGCUGAUUUGGAGAUUCCUCCACAUAGCGCUGCAUUUUUGGAUUUUGAGCUGAGAUUGCCGCUAGAUGGCGUAUUUCAUCCUUCGCAGAUGGUCAUAGCAACCGAAUUCGAAAGCAAAGUGUUUCCGGUGAAAUACGAGAUCGCGCAGGGAAGUCUGACAUCAAUUCCUGACCGUAUCUGUUUUGGGAAAACUCAUCCUGGUAAAGUAGUAUUUAUGAAUCUGCAGAUUUUUAAUUCGUUUGCGGAAGAUAUGCUGGUCACUCGGCUGUCGACUACGUCAAGAGAUCCUAGGUUUUUCUUUGAAGGUUUUGACCCAACUCACCCUCCCGUACUGAGAUCUGGUCGGCUUACAAACUUAGGACGAGUGAUGUUCCUUCCUGAGACACCGUGCUCGCAUGACUAUUGUUACCUUGGCCUUCCCCUGCACACGACUGAUGGGCAAUGGUUUGUUCACGGCUUGACAUUGCCAGCCAACUUGGCAGAGGUUGACAGCUACCUGUAUAAGAAACAGAGAGCUCGAUUUGAUAACCUCGUGAAGGCUGGCAAGCAUCGCGUGAACACUACUGUGUUGGUCGACACUGACAAAGCAAAAAACAUCCAGAUUGAGUCUACCGCUGAGAUGAUUUGGCCCCGUCUUCUGACUCGAAACUCCGUCCACUUUCCUUUGACUGCUUUGGGGAACUUCACGAUUGUGAAUCUCACGCUUGCCAAUCCCACUUCUGUGCCAGUUGCUGUACAAGUCAUCCCCUUGGUUAUCUAUCCGGAUGCAGAUGCUGUCGUCGAAUUUUUCCGAGAGCAUUUGAUCACGCCCCUAACGUCAGAAGUAGAAAUGAAUGAGACACUGAUGUUUUCCCUACGUGACACUGAGCUCUUCACGCUAAAGCCGGAUAGUCCGGUGCCACGGUUACGUGAAGAACUCGAAGCUGCUAUACCACAGACCGUCCCAAGGUUUACAUUGUCGCUGCUGUUGAAACCGCAUAUGAAAGUGAGGCUUCGACUCGGGUUUCUACCGUCUGAUUACACUUUGCGAUCUUCACUGCUACUGAUAAGAAACAAUCUGACUGUGAUUGAACCAGUUGUGGUUUACGGAAGAGGAGCUCGUAUUGGAAUGCGAGUGGAAAAUAUGGAAGCUCGUUCUAGACAUCCGCUACUUUUUGAGAUUCGCCAUGACCAUCUCAGCGAUUGUAACAAUCCGAAAAGAUUGAUGCACAAGCUCAGCUCUACACUAACAGUCCGUCGACCCUUUUUGGUGUUAAACUCCGGGGAAGUACCAUUUACUGUUGUCAACAUGAGUAUCAAUGGUGUGCCCUGUGAAAAUCGAGGUUUCCGUAUACUGAACUGCUAUCCUUUCCGCUUGCAGCCGAAUGAGACCUAUUCCCUUGAUGUUGCAUAUACGCCUGACUUCCUCACAACAACUAAUGAAGCAGAUCUGCAGUUGUACAUGCAUAUGAACGGAAGCUCGUGGAUGUUCCCAUUAGCAGCCACUGUGCCCGAAGAUAUGAUGUCUCGGUGUCAUCGUGCUCUUCCAAGGCCACCUUUCGAAAAUCUGAUGUACUAUAGUUGUGUGACGGCACUCAUCUUCUGUCUGGUGUGUGUACUGGCUUGCGCAUAUCUUGAAGGUGACAGAGCUAUUGCAUGUGCUAUAAGACAGCAUCAUACAGCACCCAGAUCUGUGUUUGAUUUGAACAACCUGGACGUGAAGAAGGGUGCGUCGGAUGGCAUCGGUCGUGCAAACAGCGGAAAAUCGUCAGCGCCAUGGACUGAAACAUCUCCAUCAGGGUUGCAUGCGGCAGCCGAUGCUUCAGUAAUCUUGAGGGUCUUCUACCAGGCAGCUAAUUCUGUUCUGAAGGCUGUUCAUUUUGUGUGGCGAAUCUCACUGUUAUACAGAAAUGAUAAGCAAGAGCAUCCUAAGAAGGAAAACAAGAAAAAGAAGAAAGCGCAAGUAUCUGUAAUUCAUUCCAAAGCCAAGGACGCGAAAGAAAAGGAAGUGAUGAAGGAAUCCCCUGUUCAAUCAACUAGCAAAUCAAACAAGCCCAAAUCUGUGCAACAACAGCAACAGCAAAUGUCUGCCAGUGGUAAGAAAGUACAGCCGGUGGCGCCAAUGCAUAAGCUAAGUGCCAAGUCGUCCAUGUCACCAAAAGCUCCCACGAAUCAACGAAAGAAGAGCAACGCAUCAGUUGAAGCAGAAAGACGACUCGCGAGAGCGCAACAGAUUAUGGACGGAAACCUGGAACGUCCUGCUCCGGCGGAUUCGAGCGUGGUUGACGGGUUCAUGGAAUCAAACACUUCAACAAAUCAACAAGAAAGUAAUGUUCUGCAAUCUAUGCCUGCGAAACGUGAGGACAGAUCUGCUGCCUAUACCGAUAAGGCAUCUGCUGAGCCACCUCGUCAAAGACCACAGCCUGUUGCCGUCGCUCCUGUCCAGCUGAAGAGGUCUGAAAGUCAAUCUCCACCUUCGUCAGGGGUGUCCACUCCUCCUUCACCCAAAACCCCUACACCAGGAACCGCCAUGAAUUCUCAAAGUCUCCCUAUACCUGCCAAUGUUGCUGUGCCUCAACCUACAUCACGUCCUUCGGUGAUACCAGUAUCAGCAGUACACCCUACAGUUUACACGGGAGCACUAGCUGGCGCCGAGCCCAUUCCCAUUCCGGUAAUGCUUCCAGUGAUACCGACGCUAAUACCCGGCUUGACCCUGCCAAUUGGUGGAGUUGACAUGACUGGCGUCUCGCUGGGAGCGUUGGCAGAGUACUACGGCCAGUUCACAGGCUAUGACGAUUCGAACUUGCCUCCCACUCCAACACCGUCACUCGCCUCCAGCGUUGGCAAUGAGCGCGCGCCGAACUUGCUGGAUAUGAAUGCAAGUCCAAUGAAUCGAUCUAGACAACACAGUGACAGUGAACAAAGUGUUGCCAGUGAACUGAGUGCAGCGCCAGACUGGCUUGAUGAAGUCGUUGGUCCAGAUGAUGUGGACGACGAUUUCUCUGCUAUGGCAGCCGCGAGCGAGUUCAUGUUGAGUGGAUCGGGAGAGGAUGCAGGCAGUAGCCGAGCUGAAACACCUCAGCCGGCUACGCGCUUCGUUGCAAAUCAGCAGGGACCACAGAAGAAGCGAGCGCGGCGUGAGAAGCGAAAACGUGGAGGAAGGGUUAGCGGAAAUGAAAGCACUAGCAGCGUGGAAAAGACAACUCGCAGUGGACCUGGAAAGGAACGUGUACCAAAGAGAACAUUAGCAGCUGAGUUGAACGAAGAACGUCGACGCAGGGAGGAUGAAUAUAUGCGCACUAAUACAGGAGGUUUGGGAGAUUGGCCGAUGCCUGAUCUCAAUCUUGGAUCUCUUAUCGAGGCUGAUGAAAGGGCUCAAGGAUCAAGGCUUUGGCCUCCGACUCCCGUAGGAUCAAGAGCAUCGCUGGCUUCUCAGUGGAACGAGCACUUGCAAGGUUCCAAUCCAUCUGCAUCAGCUAACGUGGAGAACGUGUCGUACGAUCCGAUGUCUCUCGCAUUUUCGCGGGCGCAGACUUCAGUCUGUGGUCGAGCGCAGCUACAGGCGAAUCAUACACUUCUUGGAGCAACGAUUCCGAAAAGUCAGCAUCCGAGAAGAACUUUGGCGUCUAAUAAACAGGGUGAUAAUCUCGUGCUUGUAGCUGGCACUUCCUCAGUAAAUUUCCAUUCUCCUUGUGUUGCCGUCUUCGGUCGGUCGUAUUCCAAAAACGAUAUAGCCAAGGGUGCUACAUCAUUGGUCAACCAAUCGUGGUGGACAUUGCUCCUUAGAGAAGAAAUUGGCGACAGGUUGACUGAAACUAUGGGUAUCAAAGAAAAAAAUGGAAGAAUCUUUCCUGAAAUGUCUAUUGGUCCCAAAGUUUGGGAAACUUGGAACCAACUGUCGUAUCAAGUUUUCGAUGCAAUCACACGUGAGGAAGUGCGAAUGGCCACCGAAGAAGGUAACUGGCCGAUGGCGAACACAUGGCUCUGCGUACCUCAACUGAUUUCCAACCUCGCCUGUCUUGUCUGCGGAGCAUUUACACUUAGCGGGGCAAGUGAAUCUCUCCGACGCGAGUUACUCAGUGAAACUGCGGGUGCGGGAAUGAAUAUUAUAACGAUUCGCAUAGUCAUGAAUCUCAUUGGUGACGAACUUCGUCAGUGGGAAGCUGCUCUUCAUUCUGGUUCGCGGCCAGGUAUAUUCGCAACUGCACGCCGAAUGAUUGUCCAUCCAAAGUUCACUAAAUCGUAUUCGUACAACACAUUCAUAACGCUCAACAAUCUUGGAGUAGAAGUCAAAAUUUUCGACGGUACAGCUGAAAUAGUACAAUGGAUACAGAAAAGUCUUAGGGCGGGCUUCAUUGCUGCUUGUCCAUUUGAAUUGUGGAGGAGCACCGAAGCAGUCAAAGUAGUAAGAGAGAGUGCAGUUAGUAGAGAUCUGAUUAUGACAAAAUCGAACCAAAGAUGUCCUAUUUUUGCUUGGGCCAGUCACUAUCAAAUUGCUUUCAAAUCGGGAAUGUUCGAGUCCGAAGCGGUCUUUACCAUGUCCGGCUCACCUGAAACAAAAGGAGAAGAAAUGUAUGUGCGUUUUCAUAGUGACAAGCCAAAAAUGAGACACUGUAGCGCUGGCAACACUGGAUUGCUAGAAAUUCCAACAAAUUCCUCUAACAUUUUUCUCUACUUCAUAACCGAUCUAGAACGAUCUGUAAAUGGGUCUCAAUUACUCAAUCUAAUCAGAGAAGCACAAGAGACAACACCAGAGACACAUACGGCUUAUAUUCCGCUGUGGUGGUCGUUCAACAAAUCGUCCAACGUUGCCAAAGGGAUCAAAAGUUCACUCGAUGCCGAGCCGUUGUUUUCACAUGGAGGUUUCGGUGACUUCGCUAUGGAGGACGUUGAAGCCAGCGCAGAAUACAGCAAAAAACUCACGUCUAGCAUUCAACACUUCGACAUGGUUACUGUGUUCAAUCAGCCGGAUACAUCCAAUAUCCAGAAAAUGAAUCUGCAGUCACCAGUAUACAACACGGCGCUUAUUAGUUGCCCAUUUACAGUCAUAGUCUAUGACAGUAAGAAGAAAAUGCCGGUUUACUUUGGAAGAAUUGUUACACCCAAGAUCGCCGAUUUGAAAGCCACUAAUGCCGGGGAGAAAGACAAACCCCAGAAGGGAUGGUGUUCGAUUUUGUGAUUUAGAUGAUCAUGAAUAUUGUUUUUCAUUAAAA